GGUAAGAAAAGGAGGGAAGGAAGGAAGGAAGGAGAGACGAAUCUCCCUUAACCGGAAGAAGACAGACGAGAUUGAUCAAAUUCCAGUUAAUACAACAUAGGAGCGUGAUUUCAGAUUAGGAAGCCGGCAGAGAAAUGUACCAGUGGAGGAAAUUCGACUUCUUCGAGGAGAAAUAUGGCGGAAAGUUCUCCAUUCCCGACGACAUCACCGGAAACAUCGCAUGCUGUUCCAGCGGACGAGGAAAGGUCAUUGUCGGAUCCGAUGAUGGCACCGUUAGCUUGCUUGAUCGAGGUCUAAAGUUCAACUAUGGAUUCCGAGCUCAUUCCUCAGUCCUCUUCCUUCAGCAGCUCAAGCAACGCAAUUUAUUAGUCACGGUUGGGGAAGAUGAACAAGUAUCUCCUCAAGCUUCGGCUGUAUGCCUCAAGAUUUUUGACCUUGAUAAGAUGCAGCCGGAAGGUACUAGCACAUCAACUCCGGAUUGCGUUCAGAUAUUACGAAUUUUCACAAAUCAUUAUCCCGAAGCAAAGAUUACGUCUUUUCUAGUGCUGGAGGAAGCGCCACCGAUACUACUAAUAGCUAUUGGAUUGGACAACGGUUGCAUUUAUGGGAUCGAAGGGGAUAUUGCUCGUGAAAGAAUCAAGCGGUUCAAGCUUCAAGUUGAUAGUCACUCUGAUAAAAAAUUGUCUUCCAUAACAGGGCUAGGGUUCCGAAUAGAUGGACAGGCAACUCAACUCUUUGCAGUUACUCCAACAUCAGUGAGUUUGUUCAGUUUGCAAAUUGAACCAUAUGUUAAGCAGACGCUUGAUCAGAUUGGAUCCAGUGCUAGUACUGCUAUGAGUGACCGUUCGGAAUUGAUUAUUGGUCGUCCAGAGGCUAUAUAUUUUUACGAGGUUGAUGGUCGUGGCCCUUGUUGGGCUUUCGAAGGAGAGAAGAGAUUCCUUGGGUGGUUUCGUGGCUAUCUCUUAUGCAUUAUAGAGGAUCAAAGAAGCGGUACAAAUAUUUUCAACAUUUAUGAUCUGAAGAAUCGUUUGAUUGCCCACAGUUUGAUAAUUGAGGAAGUUUCUCACAUGCUUUGCGAAUGGGGGAACAUAAUUCUUAUAAUGAAUGACAAAUCAGCACUAUGUAUUGGGGAGAAGGAUAUGGAGAGCAAGUUAGACAUGCUAUUCAAGAAGAAUCUUUACACAGUUGCUAUAAAUCUUGUCCAAAGUCAGCAAGCUGAUGCUGCUGCAACUUCCGAAGUCCUAAGGAAGUAUGCAGACCAUUUAUAUGUCAAACAAGACUAUGAUGAAGCUAUGGCUCAGUACAUAAAUACAAUUGGACAUCUCGAGCCUUCUUAUGUGAUACAGAAGUUCUUAGAUGCCCAAAGGAUUCACAACCUUACAAAUUACUUGGAGAAAUUACAUGAGAAAGGCCUUGCUACAAAAGAUCACACGACGCUAUUGCUAAACUGUUAUACCAAGUUGAAAGACGUGGAAAAACUUGACUUUUUUAUCAAGACUGAAGAUGGUGUAGGAGAGCACAAGUUUGAUGUUGAAACUGCAAUUAGGGUCUGCCGUGCUGCCAACUAUCACGAGCAUGCUAUGUAUGUUGCUAAGAAGACUGGAAGACAUGAAUGGUACUUAAAGAUAUUACUGGAAGAUCUGGAUCGAUAUGAUGAAGCCUUGGAAUACAUUUCAAGUCUUCAACCAAGCCAUGCUGGGGUGACUGUAAAAGAAUAUGGAAAAAUUCUUAUAGAACACCGCCCCAAGGAAACAAUUGAAAUACUCAUGAAACUUUGUACAGAUGAAAAAGAGAAGAAGUCCAAGAAAGGCUCUUCAAGUGGCAACUAUAUGUCCAUGCUGCCAUCUCCUACAGACUUUCUUAAUAUAUUUGUCCAUCAUCCACAGUCUCUUAUGGAGUUUCUUGAAAAGUACAUCAACAAAGUGACUGACUCACCUGCCCAAGUGGAAAUUCACAAUACACUCUUGGAGUUGUACUUGUCUCCUACCUCAAAAGGAGAAAGGCCUUCUGUGGUAGCUGAUAAAUUGAUUGCUGAUCGAAAAGACUUGGACCAGGAAAAAGAUCAUCAAGAAAGGCUUCUAAAGGGGCUGCGCUUGCUAAAGGCUGCUUGGCCGUCUGACCUUGAGCAACCUCUUUAUGACGUUGACCUUGCUGUUAUUUUGUCCGAAAUGAAUGCCUUCAAUGAAGGGUUAUUAUUUUUAUAUGAGAAGAUGAAACUCUAUAAAGAGGUUAUGGCAUGUUACAUGCAGGCCCAUGACCAUGAGGGUUUAAUUGCAUGCUGUAAGAGGCUGGGGGAUUCUGGCAAAGGAGGUGAUCCAUCUCUUUGGUCAGAUAUAUUGAAAUACUUUGGUGAACUUGGAGAAGAUUGCUCAAAAGAGGUGAAGGAAGUAUUAACUUACAUUGAGAGGGAUGAUAUUUUGCCUCCAAUUGUCGUCCUUCAAACCCUUUCCAAAAAUCCGUGCCUAACUCUCUCAGUCAUCAAAGAUUACAUCGCGAGAAAGCUCGAACAAGAAUCAAAGUUGAUUGAAGAGGACCGCAGGGCUGUUGAGAAAUAUCAGGAAGAAACAUUGUCUAUGAGGAAGGAAGUUCAGGAUCUCAGGACAAAUGCCAGAAUCUUCCAGCUUAGCAAAUGCACAGCUUGCACUUUCACCCUUGAUCUCCCUGCUGUUCACUUCAUGUGCAUGCACUCAUUUCAUCAUCGCUGUCUGGGUGACAAUGAAAAAGAGUGUCCUGAGUGCGCUCCUGAAUAUCGAAAAGUCCUAGAAAUAAAGAAAAGUCUCGAGCAGAACUCUAAAGAUUAUUCUAAGUUCUUUCAGCAAGUUAAGAAUUCAAAGGAUGGUUUCUCUGUGAUUGCUGAGUAUUUCGGAAAGGGAAUAAUUAGCAAAACCAGCAUUGGACCCAAGAGUGACACUUAAACCAAGCUACCUCUCUUCAUGUUUAUUGCUGGUCUGAACGCUCUUUUAUUGGUACCUUCUUGUAUCUGUUGGCUUGUUGAUAUUUUUGUGCUGAGUUUUUAUUUUCUUGUGUGUUUCUUUUUUUUAUGUUUUUUGGUUGUUGGUUGAAACAUUUGGUUGUGAUUGUAGGUUUAAGGUCAAAUGUGGUGAUAGAUCCUCAAUGUAUCAUUAUAAUCCUCUUUGAAUCCAAGAACCUGCAAACCUAAGGAUUUCAAUUUCUACA